AUGGAGUGCAAAACAAGACGCCUAAAGAAAGGAACAGUGCCAUCAGAGAACCUGCCACAACUCUCCACUUAUGAUGCUAGAAAAGCGAAGAGGAUGCAAGAGCUGCAGCAGCAGCGACAAGGUAGACAUCUCAAGCGUUCAAGGAAGGAAAACUGCACAGAUGUGACACCAGAUGACGACGCUCAAAACGAUUACACCUUCUGCGGUGAGGAAGCACAUGGCGUACACAAUGAACAGGUGCAUGGAUGUGACACUGAAGUGAUUAUUCGAGAUGAAACACAACCUGCAGACCUUGUAUCAGUUUUGAAAGACAUAGGAAUUAAGGAAGACAAAAGCAUCCAAGUUACGUCAGGGGAAUUUGGAUUUAAAUUUACACAGCUUGUAAAUGAGAAAAAUGUGAAGUCCAUUACAGGCAUCGGCAGUAUGAAGUUACUUGACAAACUAGCCAGUCUUCUAGAGGAAGAGCUACCAACAACUGGCAAGAAUGUACUCAAUUGGAAAGACAAAGUUGUGAUGACAAUGAUGGUACUCAAGCACACUUUCCCCUUUCAUGUGCUAUGCCAUAUGUUUUUUGUGUCACCAACAACCUGCAGCUCUGCAGUGAAAAUGACUAUAAGGGCACUGUCCGCUCUGCUGCGAUGUGCUGUAGUUUGGCCCUCAAAAGAAGAAGUGCUGGAAAACAUUCCAAAGUGUUUCAAGGAUUUUUCACAAACAAGAGUUAUCCUCGAUUGCACAGAGGUGAGCGUGGGAGUGCCCAAGUGCCUUAGAUGCCGCGUCAAUACAUAUUCCCAUUAUAAGAAGGGACAUACCGUGAAAUACAUGAUUGGUGUUUCACCAGGUGGUUUGAUCACCUUCAUCAGCAAGGGAUAUGGAGGCAGAGCCUCUGAUAAGGCGAUUUUUGAACAAAGUGGACUAGUGAAGGAUCUCCUCCCUGGUAUUGAUAGUGUGAUGGUCGACAAGGGCUUUCUGAUUGACUCUAUCUGUGAGGAGCACCUCAUCAAUGUGAUUAGGCCACCUUUUCUUCGCCAAAAGAAGCAGUUUACAAAAUCGGAGGCUAUGAGAACAAGAAAGAUAGCUGCAGCAAGAGUACACGUUGAGAGGGCCAUACAACGUAUAAAGCUCUUCAAGAUCCUUACCCAUAAGUUGACAUGGAACAUGGUCCCAUUUGCUGAUGAUGUGCUGUUGAUAUCAGCUGCCCUCACCAAUCUAUCAAGGCCAAUUAUAGGCAAAGACAAGUUCCUUUGA